UGGGUGUUGAAGGCUGUACGAUGCUUUGAAGUUCACACAGCCAACGUCUCAGUCCACAGGCAGGCAGUCAGUUCAGCCACUUCCUCUGAUCAGCGUGAGGGGGGGGGGCAGAAACCAUCGGGAGAGAAGGAGAGAAAGAAGAGUUUGUUUCUGCAGACAGACAGACAGAGAGAAGGAGGGAGAGUCAUGAAGGUGCUGAGGACAGGUGUGUUUGUGCUGUUUGUGCUCCUGGUACCUGUUUCCUGUGAAGUGUUUUUUUUUACUGAGCCGGUCACCUGCUACUUCCUGGACGGGAUCCUGAUUAUUUACUGCAUCAUUGCCACUGCGUUCUAUUUCAGAGAAAAGUUAUACAUCCCAUCUGUGGCUGACGAACCUAUUUCCUGUUUCUUGUGUUUCUCACGGACUAAGCAGGAAGAUAAAGGAGGCAUUUACCAGGAGCUCGAGAGACCGAAGGAUGCCGAUCCUUACGAGGUGCUGGACCCAUCAAAAAGAAAGAAAAAAGCUGGCAAGAAAAAGAAAUCAGAGUCGGCCCAAGCUGAGGAGAGGGAUAAAGACCCCUAUGAAUCUAUGCCCCUGCACUGAUGUCCUGCAUGUCCUCCUGUGACAACCUCCUGUGUGUCAUCGCUGCUGAUUCUACCUGAAAUAAUGAGCUGAGAUGAAUCAGCAGCUGUUCUGAUGACAUCGCCCUGUGUCUCCUGCAUAUUGUGACAAGCCUUUUUUCAGUUUCUUAACAAUAUAUAAACUGAUCAAAUUAAAAAAUGAUAAUGGCCAUAAAAAUAAUGAACUCUGUUGGAAACUCAACUUCUAUAGCCCAAAAUAAAAUGCUUCAUUUUUGCAUUUACACAUCUUUCACAAUUUGCCUUAAGGCAGAGGAGCCAUGCUAGUGGCUAGGUGAGGCUGUGAUCAGGCACAGGGGCUGCUAAUGCGCUAAUGCUAACAGGCUAGCUUGGAGUAUAUUUAUGAUAUUUAAUAUGAUCUCUGUUAUUGCCAAUCAGCACUGAACACAAGGUACAGGAGAAGCUGAUCAAAAUGUCAUUAAUGUUUGACUUUUUAAACCUUUUGGCGCCAUAAUAUGGAAAACAAAAGAGUGAUGUGGUGUCUGAUUGCUGUAAAUUAUCGUACAAGUUUGCUUCAUUGUGUAACUGUAUAUUAAUAAAAGACCAGGCACAUGUCAAAACACUUGGAAAAUGGUUUAAU